AUUGGUGCAAACAGGCGCUGUGUCUGCAGGGGGGCCAUGGAGGAGCGGCGCCAGGAGGGUCCCGGCAGAGGGGGCAGCCGUGGGGACCACCAAGAUGGCGCCCGUGGUGGCCACCAAGAGGUCAUCCUUAGGGACAAGCAAGAUGGCGGCCAUGGGGACAAACAAGAUGGUGGCCAACAAGAUGGUGGCCAUAGGGAUAAACAAGAGGGUGGCCAUCAAGAUGGCAGCCACAGGGACAACCAAGAAGUCGGCCAUGGGGACAACCAAGAUGGCGGCUAUGGGUGCAACCAAGAUGGCGGCCAUGGUGGCCACCAAGAUGUUGGCCAUAGGGCCAGCCAAGAUGGCAGCCAUGGUGGUCACCAAGAUGGUGGCCCUAGAGACAACCAAGAUGGCAGCCAUGGUGGUCUCCAGGAUGUUGGUCAGAGGGAGAACCAAGAUGGUGGCCAUGGGGACAACCAAGAUGGCGGCCACAGUGGCCACCAAGAUUUUGGUCACAGGGGCAACCAAGAUGGUGGCUAUGUGAAUAACCAAGAUGGCGGCCAUGGUGGCUACCAAGAUGGCGGCCAUGGCCACAGUGUUACCCACGGUGGCCAUCAAGAUGGCACCCAAGGGGACAACCAAGAUGGCGGCCACGGUGGCCACCAAGACGUUGGCCAUAGUGACAACCAAGAUGGCCGCCGCGGCCACGAUGUCACCCGUGGGUGCCACCAGGAGGACACUUAUGGGGACAACGCGGCGCCACCGCCCUGCAAGAAGCCACGGCGCUGCCACCGCUGUCCCACCGCCGUGCCACCGGGUGUCACCGCCACCAGGUCCCGCUGCAGGGCCUCCAGUGUCACCUCCGCCGUCGGUGUCACCUCCACCAAUGUCACCUCCACUGGUGUCACCUCCGCCAUUGGUGUCACCUCCAUUGGUGUCACUCCAACCGACGUCACCUCCAUCGGUGUCACCCCAACCAUUGGUGUCACCUCCACCAAUGUCACCACCACUGAUGUCAUCUCCGCCGUUGGUGUCACCUCCACUGGUGUCACCCCAACCGACGUCACCUCCAUCGGUGUCACCCCGACUGAUGUCACCUCCAUCAGUGUCACCUCCACCAAUGUCACCUCCACCAAUGUCACCACCACCGAUGUCACCUCAACCAUCGGUGUCACCUCCAUCGGUGUCACCCGAACCGAUGUCACCUCCACUGGUGUCACCCCAGCCAUUGGUGUCACCUCCACCAACGUCACCUCCAUCGGUGUCACCCCAGCCAUUGGUGUCACCUCCACUGGUGUCACCCCAACCAUCGGUGUCACCUCCACCGAUGUCACCUCCACUAUUGGUGUCACCUCCACCAGUGUCACCUCAACCGAUGUCACCUCCAUCGGUGUCACCCCAACCAUUGGCAUCACCUCCACCGGUGUCACCUCCACCAAUGUCACUGCCACUGAUGUCACCCCAACCAUCAGUGUCACCUCCACUGAUGUCACCUCCACCAAUGUCACCCCAACCAUUGGUGUCACCUCCGUCGGUGUCACCUCCACCAGGCCCAGAGGUGCCGCCGUCACCACGUCCACCCCCGCCGUCACCUCCGCAACACCCAAAGCUGUCACCGUCACCAGGUCCAGAGGCGCUGCCACCAACAACACCCGCUCCCAACAUGUCACCGUCACCCGGUCCCGAGGUGCCACCACCACCACCAGGGCCGCGUCCAAAGCCACCGGAGAUGCCACCGCCAUGAUGGACACCGUCGGCGCGGUGACGACCGCCGGAGGUACCGCGGUUGUGAUGGACACCUCCGAAAGCACCGUCGGUGCUGCCAUGGCCACCAGAAGUGCCACCACCAGAGGUGCCACCGCCGGAGGUGCCAUCGGCCUGGUGACAACCAGCAGAGCUACAACCACCAAAGGUACAACCAGCAGAGGUACCGCCGGAGACGUCACCCAAGGUGUCACCACCAGAUCGACGGCCGCCAGAGGUGCCACCACCAGAGGUGCCGCCACCACCAGAGCUACAACCGGCGGCGCCGCCGGGGACAUCACCAGAGAUGUUGUUGGAGGUCCCACCGGGCGUAGGGUUGGAGGAACCAUCGGAGGAACCAAGGGAGGAACCACGGGAGGGACCAUCAGAGGUAGCAAUAGAAGAACCAUCGGAGGAACCAUCGGAGACACCAGUGGAGGUGACACCAUCGGAGGAGCCAAUGGAGGAACCAUGGGAGGAACCACCGGAGAAGCCAUCAGAGGAACCAUCGGAGACGCCACUGGAGAUGGCACCAUCGGAGGAGCCAUUGGAGGAACCAUCGGAGGUAGCAAUAGAAGAACCAUCGGAGGAACCAUCGGAGACGCCACUGGAGAUGAUACCAUCGGAGGAACCAUCGGAGGAACCAUCAGAGGAACCACUGGAGGUGACACCAUCGGAGGAGCCGAUGGAGGAACCAUCAGAGGAACCAUCAGAGACACCACUGGAGGUGACACCAUUGGAGGUGGCACCAUGGGAGGUGACACCAUUGGUACCAUCGGAGGUGGCACUGACACCAGAGGUACCAUCAGACCCACUGUUGGAGGAACCAUCGGAGGAGCCAUCGGAGGAACCACCGGAGCCUCGCCUGACGGCACAGCCGGCGUCGAUCCCACCGCAGAGCCAACUGGAGAUGAUGCCACCGCCGCCACCACCACCAGCAGAGCCUGCG